CUAUUUCAUAAGUAACUAGAAAAAGUUUAAUCGCGUUUUCAAAUAUGGAUAAUAUAAAAUACAUUUUAAUUAAAUGAAAUCCUUAAAAUUGGACAAAAAACGAGAUCUAUUAGUAAAAAUUGAUAAUAUUCAAAUUUCACGUGCAUGUAUGAAAAUAUAACGUAUUUUAUUGCUUAAAAAUGCAAUUCUUCAAAAUAAAUACAAUUUUAAUAAACAACAUAUAGAAAGAAUGUAUAUGAUCGAGAUCACAAGAACAAGAGAAUACGAAGGUCGUAAAUUAGUAGGGUUUUCAAUGGAACAGAUAUAUGACGUCGUGGCCGACGUACAAAAUUAUAAAGAUUUUGUGCCAUUUUGUAAGAAGUCUGAAAUUAUAUAUAAAAGUAAUGAUAUGCUCAAAGCAAACUUGGUGAUAGGAUUUCCACCUAUAAAUGAGAGUUAUACUUCGAAAGUAACGACGAUGCGGCCGCAUUUGGUAAAAGCCGAAUGCACAGAUGGUAAAUUAUUUAAUCAUUUAAAUACAUUGUGGCUCCUUAGUCCAGGAUUAAAAAAUAAUACGCAAACUUGCGUUAUUGAUUUCUCUUUAUCAUUUGAAUUUAAAUCCCUUAUCCAUUCGCAUCUAUCGAAUUUAUUUUUUAACGAAAUUGUACGGCAAAUGGAAAAUGCUUUUCUUGACGAGGCGAAACGCAGAUACGGAAGACCAUGUAUAAAAACGGUGCGGCUAGAAAGAUAAUGUCUAGCAAUAUUAAAUUAAUAAAUGAUUAUUGACAAGUGUAAAAUUUAUAAAUAAAAGAACUGUUUUUU